CUAUUACGGUGAUUCGACCUCCGCUCACAAAACCUCGGGGACCUCGGUGUUUUAUACAAUAACUUGGUUUUUUUUUACAUGCACGGAAACAUAUAAAUGCCAACCGGAAACGGAUCUUCUGAAGGCAUCGACUGAUUCACCAUGUCAGUAGUCAAGACCGUCAUUCCCCUCACCGCUCAGCUCGUCCAAUAUGCAACCACUCUUUCUCCCCAACAAGUCAUCUCACGCAUCGAAGACAGAAUCAACAGGGAAGGCAGUAUGAAAUUCAUGUCUUCGCUGCCUUCUAUCACUUCACGAGAAGAGCUUGAAGAAACGAUUCGCGGUGUCACACAAGGAAAUGACUUCAUGCUCAUGCAGUCGAUGAGGCAUGAUAACUGGCUGAAAUUUUACGACGAAAAGACGCCACUGGUGGCCGUUUACUCCAUUGGCAACCCGAUGAUUGCAAAGCAUCUAGUGUCUUCAACGUUCGACCUACGCGCCGCCUAUAACAUCCCUCCUCGUUUGCUCAUUCUUGAAAAGGAGGAUCGCACAGGAACUUACGUCCUUUAUUAUCUUCCAUCUUCAGUCAUGAGUUUAAACGGGGAUGAGGGGAAUUUUGUAGCAGCUGUUCGUGCCUUGGAUGAAAAGCUAGAGCGUCUCGUCAUUGAGGUCACGAAGGUGGAUUGAGCCCAGGCCCAGGAAUUCCUAUACUACUCACAUUGUAUAUUUUCAUGUACGCUAAAUUUUCAUGAACAGAUAGAGAGGCUUGAUUUGAAGCACGGUCAGCUUCCCGUGCAACCCGCCCG